AUGUCUCUGCAAGACGGGGUUUCAUAUACUGCAAUCCCGAAGUCGAUGGUUGCGAAGAAUACAGAGUCCCCACCCAGCCCGCCGGAUACUGAGGAAAACCCGGUGCAAUGGCACAUUUCCCUUCGCACUCCGUUCUCUAUGCUAGUCCCAUUUGCUUCUGGUAUUCUCGUCUCAGUCGGACACCAUCUUUUCUAUUCCUACCUUGACGGUUCAGCGGUGCAAAACCCAGAUGAAGGAUCACAAUACCUUACCCAAAUUUGGAUUAUUCGAUAUGGCACAGCUUUUGCCUUUCUUUCAAAGGCUCUGCUUACAAGCGCAGUCGUUGUAGCAUACAAACAGCACAUAUGGAUCAACCUGCGGGCACGAGCCAAUCCUAUUUCUACCAUCGAUGCCAUGUUUGCGGCCACAUACGACAUCCUAGCCUUUUUGAAUCCAAGCCUGCUACUAAAGGCAAAGAUCUUAUCACUAAUGGCUUUCAUAAUCUGGUUCCUUCCGCUUGCAGCUUUGAUUACACCAUCAACACUGACUGUUGCCCCUUCUAUACGAGAGAAUACGACCAUGAUGCAUGUACCGACACUCAACUUCAAUGACUCGUCACUUUACACCUUCUCAGGACUUGGCGACGGCUCCUCUCCCUUAUUGACACGUCUUACAUUUGCCACGCUGUCCAACAUGCAAAUUCUUCCCCUGCAAGCUAUCGCUGCAAACACAACAUACCAUCAUGAGUUCCUGGGACCAUCAUUGAAAUGCGAGCCUGCGACAGGACAAAGAUUGGAGGACGUCAAUAAUAUUUGGAACACAACUUUCGAGCGCCUUCAAGCGAGCGCAGGCGGCCAAGUUAUGUAUCUGGCUUACACGAGGCAGGAUACUAGUACCAGUAGCCCGCUACUCAACCUACAAGACUUUGUAGACGAGUGUGUGCUGUCGGAUCGACCUGGUCCCUCAUGCGGUGAAAGCUAUGAUCCGGCAAUUUCGGUACGAGUCGGCGACGAAUCUAUUUCGUGCACACUAUACGACACCCAUUUUGACCUCGAUUUUCGAGCCGUAGGCAACACACAAACCCUUGCUGAGUUACAUUUUGAGUGGCUUCAAAAGAGCGAUUGGGGAAAUGGAUCAUUCAAGGCAAUCUCGCGUGCACUAGCGACAAUACUAAAUGGCGCGAUAGGCGCUUGGGCAAGCGGGCCACAGGCCCACCAGGAUGAUAGCGGUUCCUCUGGCCUCUCCACUUAUCAAACAAGAGUAAUGUCUACUGCUUUGAUUGGUUUCGUAUCUACUGCUUUCUCUGCGGGAGUCGGGCGCUUGUUACAUGAUCUUCCACAAGAGGACCGCGACUUGGCCGCCAACAGAACCCUUGGAGGAAUGAUAGAAGAGCUGUCUCGAAACCAAACACUCAGCCUUUUCAGCAGCAACCGGCUAUGGCUUCCACAAAACGCCACGAACACAACACUUGUCACACAUUCGACCUUUACCACGAUUUACGAAUACCGCUCGCGAAACCUCAUCAUGACAUAUGCCAUUGCCAUUGCCUGCUCAGCUUUUGGCGUUCUACUAGGUUUACGUGCCCUGUGGCUCAAUGGCAUCUGCCACGAAACGAGCUUCUCUUCCAUCAUGAGUACAACGCGGAACAAGUACCUCGACGACUUGACACUCGGAUACUCGCUCGGAUCUGCACCUACCCCGCAUGCUGUCAAGAAGAUCGAACUGAGGUUUGGCGAGCUGCUAGACGUUGGGUCAAGGGAAAAAUCACGGGCGGCGUUUGGGCUCGAGACAGAUGUGGUUUCUCUAAGGAAAGGACGGGUGAUUUAUUGA